UACGAACCCACACCCAGCCUCGAAUUAAGCAGCAGCCACUCAAAGUGGACAAACCGUCCUCAGCACCGACACACUUACUAUCACAGCUGACAAGAUUAUAGAGGUACAGCCUAAACACCACUACUCGCAUCAUCCACCUCUGGUGCGGUCCGUGCCAUUUCUACUCCGCCUGCAACCGUAUCCGACCCAUUUUCCCAGCGGUUGGACGAACUUCUACGUCAGAUUUGUGAAAUGCAGAUCGAGAUAAAAUCAAUCAAUCGUCACUCUCGGUCACGAAACCACACUUCAUCGGAUGAUCGUUGCAACCGUUCUUCGUCUGCCAAUUCUACAUCCAGAACCGUCUGUUGGUAUCACCGACGUUUCGGCAACCAAGCCACCAAGUGCACCCAACCCUGUUCAUUCAUUUCAACAAACUCCAACGGCAGUCAGUGACGGCGGCAGCCGGCUGCCCUACCGGAGGACACCGCCACCUUGUUUUAGACCCUAAGAAAAAACAUACAUUUUUAUUAAACACAGGCUCCGACAUUUGUUGUUUUCCUCAGACAUUUCUCGCCGAUCGUCGAUGCCGUGUCAGCUACGAACUGCGUGCUGCCAACAACUCCAUUAUCCAUCCCUUGGCGUUUUAACACUAAAUUUAAAUUUUGUACUUCGACGUGCCUUUGUUUGGAAUUUUGUCAUCGCCGACGUGAGUGUUCCUAUCCUUGGAUCAGAUUUUCUGGCGCAUUUCGUACUUCUACCUGACUACCGCAAUAAACGCCUCAUCGACAGCAUCACUGGCAUCUCCACUCCUUGCCAGUCAGUCAGCAUUCCCCAAGUCAGCAUCAAGGCCAUUAUUCCCGAUUCGCCUGGCAAUUCCAUCCUGUCAGAGUUUCCUGCGCUCAUUUGUCCUGCUGGAACGUUCCGAGAGGUCCACCAUUCCACGUUACACUAUAUUAAAACGACACCUGGACCACCUGUUUCUUCCCACCCUCGGCGUCUUGCCCCUGAUCACCUAGUAUUGGCUAAAGCUGAAUUCGAUGCCAUGCUCCGUGAAGGAACGGCCCGCAGCACAGUACAACGAGUAAAUGGACCUUACAACAUGUUCCCACGUUUUUCUGCGUGAUGACACCGUGCGAAGGUCCCUGCAGCUCCCAUACAGCGGUCCCUAUAAAAUCAAACGUAGAGAUGCCAAGACCGUCACCAUCCAAUACAAAGGCUCCAACGUUCGUGUGAGUGUGGACCGAGUAAAGCCUGCAUUCCUCCUAGAUGAUGACGCUGCACCUCAGACCCAACUCAGCGACGACCUCAGCCCAAACUCCUGCCCUGCUGCCCGACACAGCCGUUCGUCCUCCCUACGUGACACGAUCCGGCCGCCGUGUUGCUUUUUGGCGACCGUAACCAGGGAGAGGAAAAUAAAUAAGAUUUUGACAAUAACUGUAAAAUAUAAUUCAAUAAAUUCAAUCAUUAUAAUGUGAA